AUGAAAUGCUUUUUGUGUGAUAAUACUGCUGUCCCAACACUCAAUACAUUCAUCGUACUAGAUGUAAUCAUUCAAGUUUUAAAAGAAAGAAUGAGAGGGAGAAAAGCAAGAAAAAGAAAGAAAAAAAAAGUGUUAUAUUUAACAAACAAAAGGUUGACUGAAAUGUUUCCACCAAAUUUUAACUUCAUCUUGCAAUUCCUGAAUGGGCAAUUGAAUCAGAAGGGGAAAAUGAGACAAGGGGGUGAAAAAGAUGAGCGAAACAACAGAAUUGAUGAGCGGUACAAUAAAAUUGAUGAGGAAAACAACAGAAUUGAUGAGGGGAACAACAGAAUGGAUGAGGAGAAUAACAGAAAUGAUGAGGGGAACAACAGAAUUGAUGAGCGAAACAACAAAAUUGAUGAGCGAAACAACAGAAUGGAUGAGGAGAAGAACAGAAUUGAUGAGGAGAAGGAGCUUGACCCGUUGGAGGAACUGACGAAUCAGGCGAUCCAGUGGAACAUCGAAAGAGUGAAAGACAUUAAAAAGGGAAUUUUGAAGAAAAUAAGCCAUUUUGAUCCAAAAAUGAAAGAAAAAGUGACAAUUAAAGAAUUUAAAGACCUGCUGAAAAAUAUCCAUAUAAAGUACAUCGAAAAAGAGGAGGAAAGCUUAAUGAAAAUAUUGUAUAAACUGAAUGAAGAUAAAAAAUACGAUUUUGUAAUUGUGAAUUUGGCAUUUUUAUUUGUAAAAGAUAAAAAAAAAGUAAAUAUAUAUAUAGAAAACUUUGGUUUAUAUCAUGCCCAUAACAAUGUGAAGGGAAAAUAUUGCAGCAUUCUGAAUAAUACGAAUGAAACACUUUCGCGCAACCAUAUAAAAAACCAUGUCUGGAAUACACAGAUGGAAAGAGAAAUAUAUGAUGAUCCAUUUUUUAAAUAUAUUUUAAGUUUUCAUUUUUAUUAUUCAUUCUUAGUGAAUUUUGAAGAGUAUUUAAAUAAUCAACGUAUUUUUACAUCGGUUGGAAAUUCAAUGCAUGUCCAUAAGGAACAAGAGCAAAUGAGACCAAAUAGUGGUGCCAGAGCAUAUGUCACCGACACUUAUGACAUCAACAAUUAUGACACCAACCAUUGUGACAUCAACCAUUGUGACAUCAACCAUUGUGACAUCAACCAUUGUGACAUCAACCAUUGUGACAUCAACCAUUGUGACAUCAACCAUUGUGACAUCAACCAUUGUGACAUCAAUAAUUAUGGCACCAACAAUUAUGACAUAAAUACUAGCACAGGUGCAGAUUUCGAAUAUCAAAGGAGUAUGUUUUCUUCAUGUGGUCAAUCAUAUGACGAGAAGGAAAAAUCAAUAAAAAGAAUAAGAAAGCAUGGGACAUGUACUAUUGUAACGAAAAAAAUGAAUAAUAACUGCAACUUGGAAAAUAAUUCUGAUGUUAAGAAGAGAAAAUUAUUAGACACUAAAACGGUUGACUUUCACAAUUCGUUUUAUUCGGGUUUUUCACUUGCAAAGUUAGACGCUGAUAUGGUAAGUACAACUGAUAUCAUCUCAAAUGGUACCACUGAAUGUUCUACACACACGAAUGGUAUUUUAAAUGGAGAUAACCUGAAGAAUUCCAUCCAGUUGAAAAAAAAAAAUGGGAAAAGAACAAAAAGAUAUUUGUACACAUAUGACGUAAUUCCAAAAUCUGAUAUGCAUAAAAAAAUGUAUAUGAACAUUAUAUCUAUGUACUCUGGUUAUGUAUAUUUGAUUUCCUGA